UGGGGUAACGUCUGCCACCAUUUUCCAACGGCUGCACGUGUGGAAAGGUUUUUUGAGAGUUUUGUCUGCAGUUUUAGCUCUAAUUUUCUCACCAAACAGCUUGCAGCAUGAGUGAUCUUGACGAGGCAGCUGUUAAGAAGCUCAAAGUAACUGAAUUAAGAGCAGAGCUACAAGCUCGAGGCCUAGACUCGAAGGGAAACAAGCCCGUUCUUGUUGAACGAUUGCUUGAAGCGAUUUCCAAAGUCGGCGAGGAAAAUGGCGAGGAAGCUAUGGAAGAAAGCGCAGCUGAAACGCAAGCAGAGGUCACAGAAGAGAAAGAAGAAACUGCUGCUGAGCAAAAUAAAGAAGAGGAUGUAGAAGGAGAAGAAGCGAAAGCAGAGGAAACGGCGCCAGAGGCCGACGAAGCGAAGGAUCCCGAACACAGUGAACCGGUCGCUGUCCCAACAGAAGAGACGCCUUCUGUGGAAGUAUCUCAAGAGACCACUGAAGCUUCUGAAACGGCUCCGAAAGAAGAAAGCGCGACAGAAAAGCAGGAAAAUGUAUCACAAGCAGAGGAAGCCAUGGAAACUAACGUCGAUGCUGCAUCAACUUCGCAAACAGCGGAAGGAGAGAGUGCAGAUAAAGACAAGGAUGCUGAUGAUGAUGUAGAGAUUUCUACCGAGGCCAGUAGAGUUGAACCCGAGGAUGAGGAGAUUCAGCUAGACGACUCGUUAGUCGUCUUGGACAAAUACAACUGCGACUUGCAUCUGAAAGUUGCCCCAGACGGCCUGAGUGGAAAGCCGUUAGAGGAUGAAGGGUUUUCAUAUCUUCUUGCUGGUGCUAGAGCUACUUGGGGUGCUACUAAAGGAAAGGUUUGCUUUGAAUGCAAGGUGACAUCACUUGUGUCUGUAGACCUGCCUGAUGCUGAGGACCCCAAGAAUGUUGUGAGAGUUGGCUGGUCAACUGAUUCUACCAGCCUUCAGCUUGGUGAAGACAAGGUGUCCUAUGGCUAUGAUUCAUCUGGCAAGAAAGCACUAGACUCAGAGUUUACUGAGUAUGGACAAACGUUUGGUGCUGAUGAUGUAAUUGGGUGCUAUCUGGACUUGGAGAGUGAUCCCAAGACAAUUUCAUUCAGCAAAAAUGGUGAAGACCUUGGAGUGGCAUUUGAACUGACUGAAGAUCUGGAAGACAAGGCUCUACACCCUCAUAUACUCAUCAAAAAUGCUGAGUUUAGUGUCAACUUUGGAUCUCAGGAAGAGCCAUGGUUCCCAGCAAAGGAAGGGUAUACCUUCAUUCAGUCCGUUGGUGAAGAGUCUUUGGUACAUGGCACAAGAGGGCCAACAACUAAGAAAGAGUGUGAGGUUAUCAUGAUGGUUGGGUUGCCUGGUUCAGGGAAGACCACUUGGGUUAAUAAGCAAGUCAGUGAAAACCCAGACAAGAAAUACAAUGUGCUUGGGACAAACUCUAUCAUGGAGAAAAUGAAGAUCAUGGGUGUUGCUAGGAAGAGAGAUGUGGGUGGAUACAGUAAGUUGAUGGACAAGGCAGCAAAAUGUCUGCACCGUUUGUUUGAGCUCGCACCAAGUAAGAAGAGGAAUUACAUUCUGGACCAGACCAAUGUGUACCUUUCUGCACAAAAGAAAAAGAUUCGACCUUUUGAGGGAUUUAACAGACGAGCUAUUGUGUGUAUUCCUACUCAAGAAGAUCUUAAAAAGAGAACUGAGGACAGAAAGAAGGAAGGCAUUGAACUGCCUGAGAAUGCUGUCAGUGACAUGAAAAUGAGUUUUACUCUUCCCAAAGUUGGAGAAUUCUUCGAAGAAGUUACCUAUGCCGACCAGCCAGAAAGCGAAGCUAAAACCAUUGUCGAUGCGUACAUCAAAGAGGGUCGUUCAUACAGAAGCCGCUCGGGCUCUGGGUCUGAACCACCUUACAAACGCUCCAGAUUUGAAGACAGACCUCGUCACGGGGGCGGCUACAACAGGGAUCGAAGUUAUGAUGACCGUGGAGGCUACAGGCGAGGUGGUGGUGGGGGUGGCUCCUACCAGCGAUUUGGAGGACGGCCUUAUCACGGAGGAGGAGGAGGGGGCGGAUAUCGCGGCGGACGUGGAGGAGGGUAUCAUGACAGAAGGGAUCAUCGUGGCGGAGGGAGAGGUGGAGGUUAUGGUGGCGGUGGGUAUGGAGGUGGAGGCUACCGUCAGCAGCAGUCAUCAUACCGUCAGCACCAGCAGUCCAGUCAGCAGCAGAGACCUCGCUACCAGCAGAAUUACAACCAGCAGCAGGUGCAGAGCACUGCCCAGACAUCGUACUCGCCACAACAACAGCAGUAUGGCGCCAGCGCGGCCUACAACCAGUACUACAACUACAACCAAGGUUACCAGGCGGCCACAAGUUACCAACAAACUGGUUAUACACAACAACAGCAGGGCUAUGGACAGGCAGCCCAGCAGCCAGCAUACCAGAAUUACCAGAAUUACUACGCCGGUUACCAACAGCAGCAACAACAGCAGCAACAACAAUACGGCAGUUAUGGCUCUGGUAGCGGUUAUUAGGCCGUGUGAUGGACGUCCUUAGAGGAAAAUUGAGUGGACCUUACACGAAGUGUUUAUAGAAGUUGUUAGUGACAGUAGAUAGUUAGAAUUUGUUUAGUUUUUUUCUCUUGAGUUUGAUUUUAAGGGGGUAGAUGAUAGGAAGGUUAGAAAAUUAAGAUGUGAUAUACCGAAUUGUUCAUGCGGCUUUAAUUUGGAGACAUGUAACUUAAACGCAUUGCACUGACAUUUUUGUACCGUUCUUAAAACUAGAAGAAUUCCUUUUCUUUCUUUUUUUCAAGCUGAAGAGUUUUCCGCGAAAAUCGCAUGUUACAGGCCAGCUAUGGGAUAGGACAAUUUCUGCACCUGAGACCUGUUACCAUGGGUCGUGGAUUUAAACUGUAUACAUUUUCACGUUUCGUGUGCGAUGUAUUUGCUGUAGACCAGUGUUUGUCUUAAAGACAACUCUGUCAAGAGUCUCACGAAAACAGGGUCGAAUGGAUUGUUUUACAGAGAACGUGAAAUUCGAAUUGAAAUUUCUGCUUUUCAAAGAUGGUAAUUCGAGUGUGAGACGGUUAUUUGUUUCUUAAAAUUCUACAAAUUCUUCUGCGCCCUCACGUAAAAAAGGAUGUAGUUACUGUGGUGUAGAGGUUUUGUACUUGAGAUGUUUUUACUUAAAAUUAGAUUUUAAGGGCACUUUCUAUGCAUGCAUCUUUGAUGUACAGUUUGCUCGUUUGGGUAUUUUAGUCCAGGAAAGAAGUUGUGUAAGACCAGUCCUAGAGUUUGAUUUAAUGUGUGUAUACACUGUACUGAUGUCCUUGUUUGAUAUGCGUUGCUCUCUUGAUCAGUGUUUGUACAUUGGAUUUUAAAAUGAAAUUCACCUGUUGUGGAGACCAUAAAAAGAGCUUUUACAAUC